GCCCGAGGGGGCGUACUGCCUGCAUGCCGAGUUGCGAGAGGUGGUCUGGGUUUCUUGUUUUAAACGCCUUUAUUUUUCUCGCAAUGUCAAAUAACGCAGUUGAUGGAGGUACGAAACUGUCCUCCGUUGAUUUUGAGAUUUUUGGGAAUGUCCAGGGUGUCUGCUUCAGAAUGUACACAGAGGACCAGGGCAAGAAGCUGGGUGUGAAUGGCUGGGUGAAGAAUACCCGACAGGGCACUGUGGUGGGGCAGGUGCAGGGGCCUGCGGACAAAGUCAGAGAAAUGAAAGCGUGGCUAAGUAAAGUGGGGAGCCCCAGUUCACGUAUCGACCGCGCUGUUUUCUCCAACGAGAGAGACAUCCCCAAGCUGGAAAUCAGGGGUUUUGGCACACGUUACUGAGAGCCACUGCAGCAUGACUUCUCCAUUCUGAAUCACUGAAGAAGCGAAGGAGCUGUUUGCUAUAUUUUAGCUCUAGUGGCUGAUGUUUGAAAUGUCAGAGGUAGGCCUUGGGCAUGAAUUUAUUUUACAAAGAAUUCUAACCAAACUUCUGAAUUAGGCUCCGGUUGGACUUGCGCAGGUACAUAGAUUCCUGAAUGAAACAGUCGAACAUUCAACAAGCAAAACAAUGAAUAUCUAAAUAUUUUGCGCCACACUUCUUGUGAUUUAUUUAUUUAUGAACUAUACAUUGAAAUACAUGUCACUAAACAGAUAAUUCAAAUGUUCUUUUUGCAUAUAUUACUUCUUUCAUGCUUUAUUAUGGAAUUCCAGAUAAACCUUGUUGGUUUAUUAUUGUAGUGGCAGCACUGUAGGCUAGAAAAUCCAUGGUAAUGCUUUCAAAUAAGAAAAAAAAUAAAUCAGAAUUCAGUCCAUGUUUGAUUGUAUUACCAUGUGGUCAUUGUGGUCAGUGGGCUUUACUUUAUCCUAAUGAGAUAGACACUCUUCCAUGGAAGAAAUCUUCUGGCUCUUGCUUUUGUUCUUCUGUGCACUCAGUACAUUCGUGAAUACUAGUGCUCACACUAUUGCUGCUGGCACAUUUGCCAUUUUGGAGGACUCUUAUUUUGGAAUGUAACUAACUGAAGAGUUAUAUCAGUAACAGCAAUGUGUUUUCUUUUUGAAAUUUGAAAAUAAUAUCACUACAUUAACUGCAAGUGUAUAGUUUUGCUUCUAAGUAUAACUAAAUAUAAACGUAUAUUGUAAAUGU